UAAAUAAGAGAGAUUAGAAACCAUUCAAUUUCAAAUCAAUGAGAAGUGUCCAAAUAGUUAACGAAAACUUUCAAAUAACCUGGACAUAGACUGAUAAUAGGAUAUCUUUUCAUCUAAAAGCAUUUUCAUUUUUCAUAAAGGAAACAUACCAAGAAGCAAAAAAAAAAAUACUUGUUUUAAUUCAAUGCAAAAGUAGAUAUGGCAAAGUCUUGUGAUUUGCAAAUCAAAAUUAAUGGUCAACAGAUAUUCCUUUUGAAAGAGCUUGUUCAUUUAUUUUGCAGAAGAUUAUAUCAAAAUAUUGUGGAAAGGUGAAGAAAAUCUUGAAUCAUCAAAAGAGAAGAUCUCAUGUGAAGGAGAUGGGAAUUAGGAUCAAUGAUUUCCCUGGAGGCUCAGAUGGAUUUGAGCAAGUUUCAAGGUUUUGUUACAGCAAUGGCAAAAUAUCAAUUACUAUAGACAAUGUAUCUCUUCUCCAUUGCUGUGCAAUUUAUCUUGGAAUGACUGAGGAAGUCUUCAACAAUAAUCUUUUGCAACAAACAGAAACUUUUCUUAAGGGAAUCCAUUACUGGAAAUGGAAUGACAUACUUGUAAGUCUAAUGAGUUGUCAAAUGUUUUAUGAAUAUGCAGAUUGCUAUGGUCUAUUGGAGAAGAUCAUUAGUGCACUGUUAACAAAGAUUGUCCAAAAUUCAGAUGCAAACCUCAACAUUUCCUUCACCUCUUUAUCAUCAUCGUCACCAUCAUCGUCAUCAACACCGUCUUCACCGGAAAGUAAUUCUGCCAAGAGAUUCUCUUCUUCAACACAAACUACACCAGAAAAAAUCAAGUCAACUCUGCCAAGCAAAGCAUGGUGGUUUGAGGAUUUGGCGACUUUGCCUCCAAAGAUAAUUGAGAAACUAUUUCAGUGUAUUCAGUCAUACAAAGCUGAUAGCAACAACUUAAUCUUUACAAGAUUUCUGUUGCAAUAUCUGAAAACAGCUACUCAAACAAGAGCUGUUGAUUGCAGAAGCAGCGGUGAAUAUGCCGCUCUUGCGGAAACAGCUGCUUAUGGAGUCAUAUUUGUUGGUAAGAAAAACUUCACUUGCAGAGGACUUUUUUGGGUAUUAAGGAUUGUUUCUAGGUUUGGUUUGAGUAAAGGUUGCAGAACUGAACUGGAAAAAUUGAUUGGUGGGAUGCUUGAACAAGCUACACUGGAUGAUCUUUUGGUCUCUGGACAUGAUAUGGGGAUUUAUUAUGAUGUUAACUUGGUGAUAAGAUUGGUUAGACAAUUUGUUGAUACCAAUGGCUCUGAUGGAAUGUCUUUGCAGAAAAUGAAAAGGGUUGGUAGAUUAAUUGACAAGUAUUUGAGAGAGAUAUCACCUGAUCAGAACCUAAAGAUCUCUAAAUUUCUUGGAGUUGCAGAAUGUUUGCCUGAUUCUGCAAGGGAUUGCUUUGAUGGGGUCUACAAAGCCAUUGAUAUCUAUCUUGAGUCUCAUACAAAUGUCCCGUUUGAGGAAAGAUCAAGAUUGUGCAAAUGUCUUAACUAUGGUAAACUCAGCUUUGGAGCCAGUAAAGAUCUGGCCAAGAACCCCAGAAUACCUCCAGGGGUUGCAAUGCAGGCGCUUAUUUCUCAACAAACUAAAAUUCCAACAAGCAACUUUGUAACAGAGAGUCCAAGAAAAAGCCGUUCCCAAAUAGUUUUGUAUAAUGAAGCCAGCAUAGACGGCUUGUCCCAAGAGAAAAAACACAUGAAACUAAACUUGGAGGUGUUGAAAUAUAAGGCAGUAGAACUGGAGAAAUUCGAAGAAAUGAACGGUCAGAUUUCAAAUAUGUUUAGCCGCAAUGUUUUGCUCAAUCAUGUUCGGGCAAGAGUUUUGCCAAGAUAUUGUUGAAUAUGUUCCUCUUGUGUACCUGACUAACUGUCUAUUAUUAUUGUUAUACAUUGGUAUUCCUUGUAUUGUAAAAAGCUGUAAUUUCAUUGAGUUUAUAUAUUUUGCCUAGAAUUUCAACCUGAUAGAAGGAAUGGUAUAGAAAAUAUUCCAUCAUUGUAAGUCUCGAACUUCUUGCUUACAUGAUAAAUAUUAUUGGAUAAAAUACAAAAAUAAGGUGUCUGAGGAUAAUAAAGUUUUGAACCAUUGUAUUA